AUGGCUUGCGGGGCGACUCUGAAACGGCCUAUGGAGUUUGAGGACGCGCUGCUGAGCGCUGGCUCCCCAAAGUGGGGGCGCUGCGCCCCUCUGCCCGGCCCCACACCGGGCCUCACGCCCCCAGACGCCCUCUCGCCGAGUCUCCAGCAGCCCACCUCGCCCGGCAGCGAGCGGCACCUUCCAACUCAGGAACAAAUUUUUCAGAACAUAAAACAAGAAUAUAGUCGUUUUCAGAAGUGGAGACAUCUAGAAGUUGUUCUCAAUCAAAGUGAAGCUUGUACUUCAGAAAGCCAGCCUGUCUCUUCCACACUCACAGCACCCAGUUCUCCAGGUUCUUCUUGGAUGAAGGACCAGCCUACUUUUACCCUUCGACAAGUUGGAAUAAUACGUGAGAGACUCUUAAAAGACUAUGAAGAAAAAAUUCAGGAGGAGUAUGAUCAAAUCCCCAAUAUAAAACUAGCAAAACAGUAUGAAUCGUUUGUGAAAUUCACACAUGAUUAAAUUAUGUGACGAUAUGGGACAAGGCCAACAAGCUAUGUAUCCUGAAACUCUUUUGCAUAUCUGGAUACCAGGUUUGACCUCAAGAGAUGGCUGCUGUAUACUUUUUGCAACUGGUUUGA